AUGAACAACGUUGAUUCAGAUGGCUCUGGGGCCGGCCCCGAAGCGUUCGAACACGACCCCGUCGUCGUCUGUGGCAUGGCGAUGAGACUUCCCGGAGUUGUGAGCAACUGUCAGCAGUUCUGGGAUCUCCUCAUGGAGAAGCGCUGCGGAUCUGUCCCAGUACCUAGGAGCAGGUUCAAUGCCGAAGGCUACUACAGCGAGCAGAAGCGACCAGGAACGUUCCAAUUGAAGCAGGCGUACUUCAUGGAUCAUGUUGACAUAGACCGUUUUGACACGGCUCAUUUCCCUUUCAGUCAUAAGGAAGUCGAGCAAAUGGAUCCCGUCCAACGAUUGCUACUGGAGAUAACCUGGGAGUGCCUUGAGAACGCGGGGGAAACUGACUGGCAAGGCAAGACCGUCGGCUGCUAUGUGGGAUCAUUCAUGGAAGACUGGAGUGCGGAGAUAGAUCGUGACACUCAGAACUUCAGCACCUACCCUGCUGGCAAAUGGGACAUCAUGUUGGCAAACAGGAUUUCCUAUGCCUACGACUUUCAUGGCCCCAGUAUGACUAUCAAAACUGGCUGUUCGGCAACUUUAGUGGCCUUGAACCUGGCGGAGCAAGCCGUCAAAAGCGGCGAAUGUAGUUCAGCCAUCAUUGCCGGAUGCAACAUUUUCUUGUCGGCUGCGUCUGCCACCAAAGCCUCGUAUGGGACUUUGGGAAACGUUCUGUCCCCAGAGGGCAUCUGCAAGACUUUUGAUGCCGACUGCAAUGGGUAUGGACGCGGUGAGGCAAUUAAUGCGGUCUACAUCAAGAGACUUUCACAUGCCCUUCGAGACGGAAACCCUAUCCGUGCAAUCAUCCGCUCUACUGCUACCCAGCAUGACGGGAAGAAACCGGGACUCCUUAACCCAAAUACGUAUGCGCAGGAAGCGCUGAUUCGGCACACAUACAAACUCGCCAACAUCACGGAUUAUUCUGCGACUUCGUUCUUUGAGUGUCACGGGACAGGGACUCCGAUGGGAGAUCCCACCGAGGUUUCUGCUGUGGAGAGAAUUUUCGGCAAGAAAGGCAUCUUGAUUGGAGGUGUCAAGCCAAAUACCGGACAUUCUGAGGGUGCCGCUGCUCUUACUAGCGUCAUCAAAGUGGUACUCAUGCUUGAACAUGGAAUCAUUGCCCCCAACAUCAACUUCGAGACACCAAACCCCAACAUUCCAUGGGCCGAGGGAAGAAUCAGUGUUCCCACCGAGGCUCAACCCUUCCCUUCACAUCGUCGUAAAAGAGUGAGCGUCAAUGCUUUUGGGAUUGGUGGCACCAAUGCACACGCCAUUCUCGAAGCCUAUGAAGGCAAUCCCGAUUCAGGGCUAGGUUCCCCUUCCUCUCCAGAAGGUCCUCAUCUGUUGCUGUUCUCUGCCUCCAACACCAAAUCUCUGGAGCUGUUACAGGAUGCAUACAAACAGCACAUUGCCGAAAAAAAGCCCAAUUUGGUCGAUCUGGCAUACACCCUCGGAUGCAGACGAUCCCAGCUCAGCUACCGAUCUUUCAUGAUCGCCCAUAACGGAACGCAAGUCUCGGAACCGGAAAAUCGCGGCCUGGCUGCAAACCUAAAGCCAAGAAAGACAGUGUUCGUUUUCAACGGUCAGGGAGCUCAGUGGCCAACUAUGGGAAAGGCUUUGCUUCAGGCGAACCCGACUUUCCUGGAGUCCAUACGCAGGCUGGACAGGGCGCUCAGUCGCCUGCCUGGGCCACCAUCGUGGACAAUCGAAGACGAGAUGUCCAAGGAAGGCAAUGAAAGCCGCAUCAUGGACUCCGAGUUUUCAGUCCCGUGCAGUACUGCUGUUCAGAUUGGCAUCACCGAGGUUCUCCGCAGCUGGUCGAUUCUCCCAGAUGCCGUGUCUGGUCACUCGAGCGGAGAGAUCGCAGGCGCCUUCGCAGCCGGUGCUCUGAGUGCUGAAGCAGCCAUAAUUGCUGCAUAUUUUCGAGGCAAAAUCCCAAGAUCUAUGGGAGCGGAGCGCAAGGGCACCAUGGCAGCGAUUGGACUCGGCCCCCAAGAUGUUACGAAGUACCUUAUCACGGGAGUUAUUGCAGCUUGCGAGAACAGCCAAUCGAGUACGACAAUUUCUGGUGACGCCGAUGCGGUUGAGAGCGUCAUGCAGAAAGUCAAGGCAGAUGGUCACUUUGCUCGCCUUCUAACGGUUGAUCGCGCCUAUCACUCCCCACAUAUGGAUGUCUACGGACCAGCUUAUGAGGAUGCCAUUCGCCCCUUCGUAAAAGCGGACGCACCUCAAGUACUGUUUUUCUCAAGCGUUACGGAGGAUCGUAUCACGGAUGCCGGCUCACUGGGUUCCGAAUACUGGCACAAGAGUCUUGUCCAGCCAGUCCGAUUUAACGGAGCUCUAAGACAUCUGCUGCAGACAUAUGGCCAACCCACAAAUCCGGUGAUCAUUGAGAUUGGGGCGCGUCCGGCUCUGAAAGGCCCGAUCAAGCAGAUCCUAGACGACUUGCCCAACAUCAACGCCUGCCAUGUUCCGACACUUGAGCAAGGUGGCGAUUGCAACGAGUCAAUGCUGAAGGCUGCCGGGAGACUCUUCUGCGAGAACGUUUCCUUUGAUCGCCAAGUCGUGACACCUCCGGGUAGGACUCUAAUUAAUGUCCCGACAUACCCCUGGGCUCACGAGGACGUCUUUCAAGAAGAACACCGCAUCUUCAAAGCUUAUAGGGACUGCCGAUAUCCUAUGCACGAUCUUCUUGGCCGUCAAAACUUUGAGACCAGUGCUUUGGAGCCCACUUGGCGCAAGGUUCUCCAGGUUGAAGACCUCCCUUGGGUUGCGGACCACAUGAUCAACGGCCAAAUCAUCUUCCCUUUUGCGGGUUACCUGUCUAUCGCCGAAGAGGCGCUCCGUCAGUAUACCGGAGGCGUAAUGGAGUCCUUUUCCGCCAAAAACUUUGCUGUCUCUGCAGCGUUGCAGCUAGAACCCGGCAAUCCUGUGGAGAUCCACACCAGGCUGAGGCAACUUGCAGAUGCAUCCUCUUGCGAAGUCCAGAUCACAUCCUGGAAGAACGACGUCUGGACCCAGCACUGUCGUGCUGUGGUCAGCGCGGGUCCGUUCCCUCAUCGACCACGACUUGGAAUCCAGAAGAGAGAGUUCCCACGUAUCCUGUCCCAAAAGUACUGGUACAAUACUGUCCAGGACCGUGGUUUCUACUACGGACCUGCAUUUAGGGGACUGGACAACAUCAGUGUCAGCCCUUAUUCGCGAGAGGCAACAGCCAAGGUCCAUCAGAUGGAUGACCUGGCAGGCUACCUUAUUCACCCAACCGCGCUCGACCAAUGCUUCCAAACCCUUGUCACAGCUGGAUGCCAUGGGCAGCAUCGGAAGGCGAAGUACGUCUCCAUGCCCAGCUCAGUUCAGGAUAUCUUCAUUUCCCGAAGCAACGGACCAUUCUGGACUACAGCAACGUCAACCUCGUCUGGUCUUGGUGAGCUCUCAGGAUCGUUGCUCGCAUACACCGAUGACGGUCAGGAAAUCAUGAGUAUGAGUGGUGUUCAAGGAAGCCAGAUAGCCACACAGGCCGCCACUGACGACCUGCCACUUUUCAGCAAUGUUCACUGGGAUCACCAUUCAAGCUUUUACCCCUUUCAGGAGGUGCAUGCCCUUCCUCACUCAGAAGACUCUUUACCCACAAGGAGGAGCAAGGUUUUAGUGGAUGCAUUCAGGGUGCUCAGCCACACCAACCCGCAGCUGAGAAUCCUGGAAAUUGGAACUGGCGCCGACACAACGACACGUGUACUCAUGGAGAAUCUGCGACCGGGCAAAGGACGCCAACUGUUUUCGAAAUACACGUACGCCGCAAAGUCCUUGCCUGCUUUCGAGAGAGCCACGAAAGCUCUUGAAGGUGUUGAUGGACUGGAAAUCGGAACUCUCGAAAGCGGUGAGCAUUCUCUGCAAAUGGAGUCAAGCUCAUACGACGUUAUCAUCAGCACCGAUGCUCUUCUGUUGUCUGAUGACGCUCAGGAUGAGCUUCGUCAUAUCAAGGAGCUUCUUCGCCCAAACGCGUUGGUGAUUCUGCUUGAGCUUCUUCAUGAUGACCAAUCACACCGCCUUCUACCAGCAAUACGGGAUGCCGGUUUUGAGAUGACUUCGGCAACCAUUGGCGAGCUCUCAACGUCCCCAAUGUUGAAGCUUUCAGGAUCUACAGCUUCUCAAAGCGUCUCUAUCAUUGUACCGACGAUGGAGAGCUCAUUGGUUGACCAGUUCAAGUCUGACCUCAAAUCGCGCAACAUCAAGGCCCGCACAUGCUCCAUCGAUGAGAAGAUUCCGGCAGAAGACAUCUUGGCCUUCUUCCUUGAUUUGGCGGCCCCUCAUGUUUACAAUUUGACAGAGGCCGAGUUCAGACCUUUCAUUGAGUUGUUGUCAGAGCACAAGCGGCCUAUUGUUUGGGUUACUACACCGUCUCAAAUAGCAUGCGGGGACCCACGCCCGUCCAUGAUACUCGGACUUGCUCGAACGUUGCGGUCAGAGACCAAGGCGGACAUUACUGUUGUUGAGGCGGAUGUAGAGGCUGUUCAUCCUGCCCAGUUAAGCAGGUCUCUCAUCCGUAUCGUUGAGAAUCUUCCCCACCGGCACUUCUACGACGCAUAUAACCCAGACUAUGAGCUGGCCAUAACUAAAGAUGGCAUAAAGGUACCCAGAUUCCAGUGGACGACGCCACAACAAGAGCUCUCCCGAUGCUUGGCACGUCGAGUGACGGGGUCUUUUACGAAGCUCAUUCCCAAGAAGCCCCGUCAUAUGGACUCAUUGAACUGGGUCAACUAUCCCUUGGAAAGUCUCCACCCCGGUCAAAUUCGAGUCGAAGUCAAAGCUGCAGCUAUCCACAUAGAGGAUGUGAACGCUGUCAAGUCUGUUGUUGACCCAAGCGCACUGGUCCUCGGACAGGAGGGCGCGGGUGUCGUCAUACAAGUUGGCGCCGACGUUCAGGGUUUCAAGGUCGGAGACAAGGUGAUGUUCUUUUCCGAAGGUGCUUUGGCAAGUCAUUUGAACAUCUCACCAGAAUUUUGCCUUCGAUUGGACAACAGCAUCCCAUUUGAGCUUGCGGCCUCUAUUCCACUUGCAUACACGACCGCAUAUUUGACAGUAGUGGACUUCGGAAGGAUCCACGAGGGAGCGAUCGUUUUGUUGCCUUUUGUUCAAAAUCAUUUGUGUCUUGCUCUGCUGCAACUAUUGCAGGCAGCCAGAGCAAAGGUGAGAAAUUUGCCCGCAAUCAUCUCGAUUGACAUGAGCCAUCCUGUAAGAGCAUUCAGGUUAAACAAGUCUCAGGUCUACACCACCAUCCAGUCGGAUGGCGACAGAACACUGCUGGAAAACCGCUUCAAUCUGCCGGCAGGCCGCAUCUUCUGCACCCAGAGCGAACUCUACACCCGCCAAGUCCAAGAUGCUCUGGAGAGCCUAAGAUUCGACUUCGUGAUAGGUCCGACCAAUACGGCAAACGGUUACCUACAGUACCUCUCUGCCGCGGGCACAUUCCUUCACAUCUCGGAUAUUGAUGCCCAGGACAUCGCGCCACCAAGGCUUCGCGCCAGCCAAGCGUACCGCAUCAUCAAUAUCAGGCACCUGAGCCUCAAUGAGCCUGAAUUAAUCGGAAGGGCAUUGCAAGGAUGCAAUACAGAUGUUUUCAACUACAUGCAAGGUCUCAUCACGACUUUCGAUGCCGACCAGUGCCGCGAAGCUUUUCGGGCAGCCAGUCAAGAGAUUGCCGCCAAAAACAAGAUAACUAUCAGAGUCCCUGCACAAGACCAACGUGACGGCUUUCAAAUGUCCCCCACAGCAACAGCGCUCCGCUUCCGUCCAGAUACCUUUUAUCUCUUGAUAGGAGGACUAGGCGGACUUGGUCGAGUCGUGUCAACGUGGAUGGUUGAGAAUGGUGCAAGGAAGCUGGUCUUCCUUUCACGCUCCGCUAAAGAGGGGCCCCAGACCUCCGCCUUCCUUAACGAGCUGCGAAGCCAAGGCUGCAUGGUCAAGACCGUGGCAGGCAGUGUUGCAAAUUCUGAUGACGUGUCGCGGGCGGUCAAGGCGGCAGAUGCCCCAAUUGCUGGUGUCAUCCAAAUGUCCAUGGUUUUACGGGACGAUGCCAUUUCGCGGAUGUCCUACACACAAUGGAGAGAAUGCGUUGAUCCCAAGGUUGAAGGAACGAUCAAUCUUCACAAGGCGCUGCUUCACGAAGAUCUUGACUUUUUCCUCCUGUUCUCCUCCAUGAGUGGAGUCACAGGACAAAUCGGACAGGCCAACUACAAUGCCGCCAACGUCUACCUCGACUCCUUCGUUCGCUAUCGGCAUCACCUCGGGCUAUCUGCGUCGGUCAUUGACAUUGGUGUGAUGGGAGGCGUUGGUGUUGUUGCUCAGACGGACAACAUGGAGCUCAGAGCCAAGGCCGCCGGAUACUACGUGCUCAGCGAGCAAGACCUCUUGGACAGUCUCACCGCUAGCAUCAUCCACUCUCAGCCCCCGCAGGAAGCAGGUUCAGGCAUGAGCCAAAUGGUGCUUGGUCUGUGGUCACAGCGACCUUUGGCUGAUCCCUCAACUCAUGUCCUAUGGAAGCGGGAUGCACGCAUGAGCUUGGCUUACAGCUUCGACAGUCAACGUAGAACGGCUGAAGGCGCCCCCGAAGAAGACGAGGACUCGACCAUUGAGCUCAUUGUCAAGCAUCUGGGAAAUGCGAUGAUGGACUUGCUCGCGCAGCCAGGUGGGGAGAUCCUCCCCACGGAUUACCUAGAUGAUCUCGGCCUGGACUCGUUGAACGCCAUUGAGCUGACUGGCUGGAUUGCACAAUACUUCUCUGUGGAUUUCCCGCUGUUCGAGCUUAUCCACACUCCGACGCUGUGGGAUCUUGCAGUCAAGGUCUCUGAUUUGAUGUAUGAGGAGUUUGCGCAGGACGGCUAG